CUAUUACCUAUGAAAGUAAAAGUAUAUAAACUCGGUAUAUAUUUUAACAAGCAUAUGAGUUUUUAUUAAUUCAACAAGUGAACAGUUUAAUACUUACGAAAACAAUGUUGAAAGUAGUCAUUAUAAGCCUGGCCAUAAUAUUGGCAUCAGCCAGCUCACCCUACAAAGACUGUGGACACGCUGAGAUUAAAACAUUGGAUAUUAACCAGGAUACUACUAAACUAACAUUUGGCAUGACAGUUGACUUGGGAUCAGGGCCAGUUGACAUCACUAAAUAUAUGCCUGAUUUUGAUAACAAUGGAUGUCAUAUAGUCAAGUGUCCGGUCAAAAAGGGUGACCCACUGUCCAUCGUAUAUAAGGCGGUAAUCCCUAAAUUAGCACCGACAGAUAUUGAAGGGAAUAUGACGGUUACAAUGAAAGGUGAACAAGGCGAUUUAUUUUGUUUUAGUAUCCGAGAAAUU